AUGGUUUCUGCUUCCAAGGCCGCCCGUUUGGCCAAGCGCGCCGAAGCUGGCGACAAGAAGACCAAGAAGGGCUCGAAGAAGGAUACUCCCGAGGAGCCCGACGUCGAUGCCGAGGGUAAUGCCGUCCCCAAUGACGAUCAGCCCGCCACCACCGAGGCUAAGAUGAAGGACGUGGAGAGGCUCACCGCACAAAUGGACAAGCACGGCCUGUCCGAUCGUGUUACCACCGGUGUGCUUUCGUCCCUGCCUGCAUCCCGCGACGUCAAGAUCACCUCCGCCUCCCUGGUGUUCCACGGAAAGGUCCUCUUCACCGACUCUACCCUCGAACUGAACUUCGGUCGUCGCUACGGUCUGCUCGGCGAGAACGGCUGUGGCAAGUCCACCCUGCUGAAGGCAAUCGCAACCCGCGAGUUCCCCUUCCCCGAGCACAUCGAUCUGUACCUUCUCAAUGAGGGUGCCCCUGCUACCGACAAGGGUGCUCUGGAGUGGGUGGUGAAUGAGGCUCAGGCUCAGCUGGACGCCAUGGAGAAGAAGGCUGAGGAGAUUCUGGAAAACGAGGGCCCUGACAGCCCCAUCCUGGAGGAUCUGUACGACCGCAUGGACAAGAUGGACCCGUCCACCUUCAACGUUCGUGCCUCUCUGAUUCUGACCGGUCUCGGUUUCAACAAGACCACCAUCCACAAGAAGACCAAGGACAUGUCCGGUGGUUGGCGUAUGCGUGUGGCCCUCGCCAAGGCCUUGUUCGUCAAGCCCUCGCUGCUCCUGCUGGACGACCCCACUGCUCACUUGGAUCUCGAGGCCUGUGUGUGGCUGGAGGAGUACCUCAAGAAGUGGGACCGCACCUUCAUCCUGGUCUCCCACUCCAUGGAUUUCCUGAACGGUGUCUGCACCAACAUGAUUGACAUGCGCAUGAAGCAGCUCCUCUACUACGGUGGUAACUACGACUCCUACCACAAGACCCGCUCCGAGCAAGAGGUCAACCAGAUGAAGGCCUACACCAAGCAGCAGGAGGAAAUCUCCCAUAUCAAGAAGUUCAUUGCCUCGGCCGGUACCUACGCCAACUUGGUUCGUCAGGCCAAGUCUCGCCAGAAGAUUCUGGACAAGAUGGAGGCCGAUGGCUUCAUCCAGCCUGUCGUCCCCGACCGUGUCUUCACCUUCCGCUUCGCGGACGUGGAGAAGCUGCCCCCUCCUGUCCUGUCCUUUGACGACGUGAGCUUCUCCUACUCCGGCAACUGGGAGGACACCCUGUAUGAGCAUCUCGACAUGGGUGUUGACAUGGACUCCCGCACCGCCCUGGUUGGCCCCAACGGUGUCGGCAAGUCCACCCUGCUGCGUCUGAUGACCGGCAAGCUGAGCCCCAUCGGUGGUACCGUCAGCCGUCACACUCACUUGAAGCUCGGCGUGUACUCCCAGCACUCCGCCGAGCAGCUCGACCUGACCAAGUCCUCUCUGGAGUUCGUCCGCGACAAAUUCCCCGAGAAAUCCCAAGACUACCAGUACUGGCGCCAGCAGCUGGGCCGCUACGGUCUCUCCGGUGAAUCCCAGACCGCCAUCAUGGGCACCCUGUCCGAGGGCCAGAAGAGCCGUAUCGUCUUCGCCCUGCUCGCCAUCGAGUCCCCCAACAUGAUCCUGCUUGAUGAGCCUACCAACGGCCUGGACAUUCCUACCAUCGACUCCCUGGCUGACGCCAUCAACGCCUACAACGGUGGUGUCGUCGUCGUCUCCCACGACUUCCGUUUGCUGGACAAGAUCGCCAAGGACAUCUUGGUCUGCGAGCACAAGUCCGUCCGCCGCUGGGACGGCACCAUCGGCCAGUACAAGAAGUACCUGCGCGACAAGAUGUUGUCGGCCGGUGCCGUCUAA